UGUAGAAUAUCGUAUUUUUUAAUAUUGAUUUUAUCUAUAGUUUCAAUUUGGUUUCAGUAUAAUUAAAUAACUUGUAAAAACAAUAUCUUUUUAUCGAAAUCUUUUGGAUAUUACCAUAAAAUGAAUGCACUGUUGGAUUACGGUACGUCGUCCUCCAGUGAUUCAGAAGAUGCACAAGAAGAUACAGACAAAUGUCAGGAGAGUACAAAACUCAAAUUACCUAAACCAGCUCUUGGAGAGAGCAGUUUACAAACUUCAGUAUUUUCCAAUCCAUUUGUUGAAGCAGAAUUAGCUAAGGCCGCUAUUUUAGAGAAACACGUUAAAAUGGUUCCAGGUAAAGACAAUACACAGAUGAUAAAUGGGAAGAAAAUCUGUUGGAACUACAGGAAAGGAAGGUGUCGAUUUGGUCACAAUUGUAAAUAUGCCCAUGAUUCUGAUAUUCAGAAGACUGCAGAAGAAUUAGAAAUCGAGAAACAGAAACUCAAAUCAGUUGUAUGCGAGGGAGCAGGCACAAUGACAUCUACCCCACCACCCCAAAUAUCAACGGACAUGAUAUCUCCCACUGAUGAUGCAGUUUGGGAAGGAGCUACAGAGAAAAAAAAAUUAAAACGACCAGGCUUGAGUCAGACCUUAGUCCCAGGAAAGAAAGUUAUGAAAAUGUAUAAGGAUCAGAAAACCAAAGAUUCCAAUAAAAAAUAAAUGAGUACCUUAUAUUUUUUUUACUUUAAGCAAAACAUUCAUUAUCAGCAUUUCAUAAGAAAUUGAAAAUAAUACCAGUUAGAUUUGUUGACUUUAUUUACUACCACUCUUAGCACACUUUGUUCGUAUGACCAUUUAUAGAUCAUCAUUUCUUGAUGAUGAUCAAACGAAAACAAUAAAUCAUCUAUAUGUCGCCAUCUAUUACAUGAAUUGUUGAGAUUGAUUUUGGCUAUCUGGCAUUACUAACCAGGUUCUGAAAAUUCUUGUUGGAUAAUAUCAUUCUAACACCAAUGCUUAUGCUAAAAUGAUGUUAUGUUGCAAAAACGGGAAAAUGGGACUUAGACUGACAAAGGAAUAAAAAUAAAAAAAUAUAUGACUAACAUACACCACCUAUAAUGUUUUAUGGACACGUAACUGUUGACUAUAUACCUGAAUCAUGGAUACCACAAAGUACAAUGUGACGCUCCUUGCACAUUUAAUUUAAACUGUCACCAAUAUUGACUUAUUGCUUUGUUUGGGGUGAAUAUCCAAAGGUUAUUCUGUUUUUUAUAUUUAACAGAUAUGCCAACUACUACAUACAUGAACAGUUUUAUGGACACAACCGCGUGGUAUAUACGCAUAAUGUGUUUACUAACACUUCUGACGACUAAUCAUAUAAUAUCCUGAUGACUGUUAUACCUCUGUACUACCCUAUAUUAUGAAAUUAUAGGGUAUAUACUUCAACCGGAACAGUUUACAAAGCAAAUUGUUUAGUGGAUAAGAUAGGCGAGACAGAGGUACCCAACUAUCCACGCAGAAGAAGCAUCUACCUUUUCUGCAUUGCUAAAAUAUUAUAGGAUAAAAGUUCACUAUAGGUAGAGCCUUUGGUUUGCGCGAAUACACGCGUAUUUUGUAAUAACAAAAACACUAGUUCUGUUGAUGCAUUUUUCUUUAUUAGAAAGAAUGCCGAGAGACACUUAGGUACUUCCAAAUUUUUACAUACAUUUCCAAUAAGCGCCUACAUAUUAGGUACUUAGAAGUUUAAAUAUUUCACAAGUUACCAGAAAAAAAUAAAUAUCACGUGGUUUACAAUUAGAGCAUCUGUUAUUUGAUGCCUGAUGAAAAAUAAAACGAUAUUACUUAUUUAAAAAAA